AUGGCACCUAAAGCAUCCGAUGAAGAUUUUGAGGUGUACCUGCAGAGUGUAAAGGCUCAAUCUGAAGCGUUUCGCAGUAACAGACUGAGCUCUGAGACGAAUGUGGUGACCCCGAACACGGAGAGCAGCUGGGACUUCACCAGUAAGACUGAUGCCACCUCACUGGAGCUGGAGUGGGAGGAUGAGGAGGGAAUGAACCGGAUGGGUCCUGCAUGGGAGCGAUCAAAAACGGAGGAGGAUAUUUUACGCGCAGCUCUCCGUCCUGGCGGGAGGCAGCAGGACAGCGGACCCACCUCCACCUCUGAGGACUCCACGGCUCUGGAGUGGGAGAAUGACUUUGUCAGUGCUCAUCCCGAGGACAGCGGAGAACACGAAGACUCUGCUGGAUUGGUUAAUCCAGCGCUGGACACGCCCACUGAGGAGGCUGAAAAUCAGACAGAGGACCAACAGGAGAGAUAGUCUACAGUCAGAGACAGUGAGAUGACUGUGGUAUCAAAACCCCUCAUUUAUAUACAGUGUGAUGAUCCGCUUAACAUAAUAUAUGAAACUAAAUUAAAAUAUCUCAGUGAGAAAGGUAAUUCAACGGAAAGAAAUGCUUUAUGCGACUCAGAAUUUGUUGGUGAGUGAAUUUCACUGAAGUUUUUUUGUUUUUGCUUCACCCAUUCCCCCUCCACCACACACACACACUUCUC